AUGUCGUGCCAUUCGCUGGCGACACGUGCGUUCGCCGAGCCCGACAAGGAUCCGCACUGCUCGUCGCGUGCCACUUUCCACAGAACGGUGCGUUUCAGUUCAGAUUCCAGAAGUCAGGCGAGAACUUCAAGUGAAACAGAAUGCAAGCGAGAAACGCCGGGUUCGAUGUCGCUCAGUGCGCUGUCAGUCACUCCCAUGUCUCAGACGUCAGCGAUGAGCCAGUCGGCGCCGAGCGCCUCAUCGGCCUUCGACAUCGAUGAUACGUCGCCUCCGCCUCCGUGCAGAUUUCCAAAGCUAGAGGAAUGCGCUCAUUUCCAUUAUGAGAGAGUAUCGCUGGGAGGUUUACGAGUCGAACUGGUGCCCUGUGAUUCCGCUGCGGACACGCCUUCCGAAGGCUGGGUCUGCCUCAAAGUACGUUCCCACAUAAACGACGAUGAUGACACAUGGACGCUGACUAGGAAUAAGGAUAACUUCCUACAUCUUGACGAUAUGUUGCACAGGUGUAUAUAUGACAGAAAAGUGUCCGGCUUACCCAAUUUGAAAGAAGCAAUGACUCCUGAACUGCUCCAAGAUGAAGAAGAUUACAAACAGCUUAUAGCAGACUACGUUCACCACUUCUCCAUCAUUGCUGACGACUCCAUCAAUUGCGGGCCAGCAUUGAAUUGGUUGCAAAUGGAUAAUAAGGGUCAUAAGCUACUGGUGUCCAACGAGGACUCGAGUUCGAUCAACACACCAGCUGUGGCCGCUGCAUAUUCAGUCAGGAAAUAUGUGUCUCAGGCCCGCGACGAGAUUAGCUUCGAAGUCGGCGAUAUGAUAUCAAUAAUUGACAUGCCAGGGCCCCAGGAGUCCACGUGGUGGCGUGGGAAACGAGGCUUCCGUGUGGGUUUUUUCCCACACCAUUGUGUCGCCGUUAUCGGUGAUAAGGUCCCGAGACACAUGACACAGCCUCCGCCCAUCGUUGGGUCGGUAGCCGUAGCCCCAAUAAAACCGGUGCUCAGGAAACACGGGAAGCUGAUAUCGUUGUUCAGGAGUUUCAUACUGUCCAGACCAUCGAGGCGGAGUCUCAAGCAGCAGGGCAUCUUGAGGGAGAGGGUGUUUGGGUGUGACCUUGGAGAGCAUCUCUUGAAUUGUGGCCAUGAGGUCCCACAGGUACUGGUGGAGUGCGCUAGCGGCAUUGAACGUCGAGGCGCUGUAGACGGAGUGUACCGACUGUCGGGCGGGGCCGCACUAACUCAACGUCUGCGGGCCGCCUUCGAUGCAGGGGUCCACGUAGACCUCACCCAACCGCUACAGAGAGACCCGCACGCGCUCGCCAGCCUGCUCAAGAUGUACUUCCGUGAGCUCCCAAACCCGCUAUGCACUUACCAGCUGUACGAGAGUUUUGUCAGAGCAGUACAAGUGCCUGAGGAAAUGCGUCUGAAGGCAAUGAGAGAUACAGUUGUGAAGCUACCGCCGCCUCACUACAGGACACUGGCGUAUCUGAUGAGGCACUUGCGUCGCGUGUCCCUACUGAGCGCGUCCACCGGUAUGACGGCUCGCAACAUGGCCAUCGUGUGGGCGCCCAACCUGCUGCGCUCGCCCGAGCCGCAGCACGCGCUGCAGGGCGUCGCCGUGCAGGCGGUGGUGACAGAGUUCCUGAUCUGCUAUGCUGAAGAGUUGUUCUCCCAGGAGCAGGGCGCUGACUCCGGACCCAGCUCGAUAGAACAGGAUUGUUACGAUUCACACAUCGAACUAAGAGGACUGGAAACCAGCAAGCGACCGAAGAGUCUGCCUCUAAAUCCACCCACCAAGCUGUUGAGCCUAGAGGAAGCGAGGCGUCGUGGACGCUGCGCGUGCGCAUCUCCAACACCCCCUCGCUCCGCACCGCCCGCCCUAAGACCCGCCGGAAACGUGCCACCUAAGUACAUCGAGGUGGGAUCUGGACCUAAUAACUUACCGCAGUAUCACACAGUAUUAGAUUUACCAGUACCAGGCUCGAAACGUGCAUUGAAGCGUUCGACGUCAGGCUGGCGAGGCUUGUUCAGUCGAAGCAAACGGGCCCCCAGCGCUCCGCACGAAGUGCCAGUUAGUGCGACAACGCUGCGGCCGGCGAAGUCGUGCGAGUCGCUGACGUCGGAGACGGACGCCUUGCCGCCGCUCGCGGGCACGGCGGUCGCGCCUCUGAAGCACCACACCCGGUCGGCGUCGUGCGACUCGUACUUCGAGCCGUGGCAGGCGGAGCUGGCGGGCAUGCGCCUGCGCCUGUCCCCGCAGGAGCGCCACCGGCACAUGUUCAGCGAGGAGGACGACACCGCGGCCGCCGCGCACACCGCGCAGGACGACUCGCUGUGCUCCAGCCCGCCCGAGUCCGCGCCGCCCUCCAACGCGCCCUCGCCGCGCCGCCUCGACUGCGACCUCGCCGAGAGAAAGCGAGCUGCUCUGGAACGUCUGGAAGCCCAAGUAGCGCAACUCGGCUACAUCGACGGGGACGCCGACCCGGUCACGGACCGACAGCCCGCUAAGAGAAUAUGCAAAGACCGUGACAGUCCCCUAUCAUCAACGUCAGACUUUCAGACAUCGCUGACAAACGUCAAACUAAGAGACCGAAACUCGCCGAGGAAACAGAAAAACACGUCGCGUUACAGCGGCUUACACAACCCGGUAUUAAACGACCCGGAUAAGCCUGUAACCCGGUUAACGUGGCACGGUAAAGACGGUCAUUCGACGCUUAUUAAAAUAGACUGGCCAGCGGAAAACUCGUCGGUCAGUAAUUUGACUACGAGUACAAUGAACUCGGCUCCGAUUACUCCAGCGACACCGGUCUACGAUCCCUUGGAGAGUGAUUCAGAGAUAAGCGAUAAUAAACAUACCAUUACGAUUAAAAGCAGCGAUUGUAACACCUGUGAUGAGAAGAAGUGUCUCAAAUGCGAACUAAAAGCCACAGAUUAUGAGAACGUUAAAGAUAUGGCACGAGAUCACUCGGAACACAACCUGCACGACAGUCUAGACCCUAGUCCCUUACAUUCGACGGAAAUAAGCUAUCAGAACCUAAAUAGAUUAUCAGCUGUGUCAACGUCAUCGAACUCUGACCAAAAUUCGCAUAAAAGGGACGGUGACGUCAUGAAGGUAAUGACGUCAUCGCACGAAAGUUCUUCGAGCUAUUCUAACGUCAGUUAUAAGCAGGACGAAUUGUACGAGUGCUAUAAUUUCACAAGACCUAACUAUAUAAAUCUAUCAUCUAGUACGUCUAAAAGUUCGCCUGGUAGCCCUUUGAAGAGUCCUCUUAAAUCGACAAUUAGUAUAACAUUUAGGUCUCCCGUCAACAUUAAAUCACCAGAUUAUGAGCCUAUAGGUAACGAAACGCCUACGAAUGAAAGAGAUUCGGUGUAUGAAGAUAUAGAUCUAGAAAAGAAUCUGUCUAUAGUCGAAGAUGCAAGUGUUCCGCAAACGGACGCAAGCUUACCAACACAACAAGCCUGCCAACCUGAAGAUUAUAACCACGACCUAAUCAUACUCGAAACUCCAACAGAAUCGACCGUAGACAACGGCAUCGAUGUGUACAGUCAAGUCAAAUUCUUCAAAAAGAGUAUAGAGGAAGUGAACGCUAUGAUACUAGAAACACCGGAGAAAGAGACGGAAUAUGAGAACGUAGCGUUUGCGGAAACGAGAGAUAGCUUAGAUACGAAGGAAGACGAAUCUUUGGAGAGGGAAAACGGUAAUGUCAUUAAACCUAUAAUUGCGACGAAAAAUUUAAACGUAAGAGAACUAGCAAUUAGGUUCGAAAGUCCGACAGAACAAAAGGGUCCCUUCACAUUUGAUAAAUACAAAACCGAAGUCAAAUAUCCAUCAUUAGAAAAAAAUGACGAGAAAGUCGAAACUAGAAAGAAAGAAAUGAAAAAUCCUCCGCCGAUAUCGCCAAAAACGUACAAGCUUACUAAGAAUUCAAACGCGAGAUCGCUAGACGAAAACGCGUUUAUAAAAGAGUUUGGUACAGAUAAGGAUAGGCGGAGAAGCAUGGAAGUUAAGGAUGCAAAGAGACAGUCUAAGUACUUACCAGACUUGAACCUAAACAUGGAGGAACAAGAGAUAAAGUUGGAAAGCAUAACCCCGACAACAGAGAACAAACUAUCUUUAAUACAAAGGUUCGAUAUAAAAAAACCUGAACUGAAGGACCUAAUAGGCUUCGAUACGGAAAAAAAGUUAAGCAGAGAGAGAAUAGAGAAAUACAAGGAAGAACGGAGAAAUUUCCUCCGAGAAAAAUAUAGUUCCCAGUCGUUUAGAAGUAAUCCAGAACAGUUGACUAGGAUAAAACUAAAAAAGGACGAAAAGACCGACUGUGAACGAUUAAAAGAUGAUUUACCAAAGUUUGAGCGUAGGAAUACAGUAGACCUAGGUCAGAGGAUGCGAUUUUCGUUAGCUAGGAGCGCUAACAACCUAGACACAAUACCGUCCCCGAUAAGUCCUAGUGAAGAUAUGAGAGAGAAAAUAUCACCGUCAUACAACAUUCGCGACAUGGCCGCAAUAUUCGAACAGAAAUCACAAAACAGCGGUUGA